CCCCCCCCCCCGCCUCCUGUGCCCUUGUCUCGCUGCGCUCUCCUUUGCCACCCGCACCAUGGUCUUCACCUCCGAUCGGCGCCGUUACACGGAGACCGCCCUGAUGGAUGUUCCCCUGCCGGCCAUGCCGCCGGGGAUGCCCUCGUCCGAGAUUCCGGAAACCGUCAACCUGUGCGCCAUGUCCCUGCGGAAUAUGCUCUCUUGCUUGAACAAGGAGCAGACGGAGAUGGAAUGCACGCACCACAUCAAGGCCUAUCUGUCCUGCUCGGAGACGCGCAACCGCGAGCUCUUCGAGGUGGGCGACCGGUAUGUGGCCAAGGUCCACGCGCAGGCCGUCGCGGCCGAUGAGCAUCUCGCUGCCGAGCAGAUGGCCGGCCAGGGGCUGCUGUCCCGGCUGACAUUCGGCUGGCUGCAGAGCGGCCCCACCAGGGAGGAGCUUCUCCAGCGCCCGGAGAAUGCCCCCCACCGGGAGGCCCUGCUGGCGGCGCAGACCCUGCGCGAGGGGAUCAUCUCCAAUGUGCAGGACCUGCACAGCCGCCUGGAAAUGGCCGACACCGUUCCCCCCUUCGAGGACACGGAGGACGGCCCGAUUGAGUAUGAUCGCCGGUUCUUCCAGCGCCAGUUGAACUCCGAGUUGGAGCAAUGCCUCAGGUGGAUCCGCGUCCUGGGGCUUUGAUCUCGGGACCCCGGGGCCCCGGCAUUGGCCAGCACCUCUCCCCAUUGCACCUGUGGCGAUCCUGUGGCAACCCUCGGACGGCCGAGAAAGAAAGAAAGAAGGAAAAACACCAACCCGGGACAUGGGCCAGCAUGGGGCCGAGGAAGGGGGAGAGAGAGAAAGAGAGAAAGAGAGAGAGCGCGAGGUGGGGGAGGGCAGGCAGGAGCAGGCCAGGGGGGCGCCCGGCGGGGGCGUGCCCCGGUCGCGCACGCCGUGCCAUGAUCACGCCGGCCCCCGGUGGCGCCCAAGCGCACCUCCAAUGCACCGGCGCCUUCCAGAUGCCCAUGAAUAAACACACGACCUUGA